AUGAGAUGGCGACGCGCCGCGCAUCGCUCCGGGGGCGCCGGCCCGCGGGCCCCGCGCCCGGGCCCCGCCACCCGCUCGCCGCCGCCGCUGCUGCCGCUGCUGCUGCUGGGGAUCGCGGCCCUGGCGCCGGGGGCGGCCGCCGGCGACGAGGCGGCUCCCGCGGGGGCCUCGGUGUGCUACUCGUCCCCGCCCAGCGUGGGCUCGGUGCAGGAGCUGGCUCAGCGCGCCGCGGUGGUGAUCGAGGGAAAGGUGCACCCGGCGCGGCGGCAGGGGGCACUCGACAGGCAGGCGGCGGCGGGCGAGGCAGGGGCGUGGGGAGGCGAGCGUCAGCUGCCAGCCGCGGGCCGGGGAGCGCCGGGGCCGUCCGCCCAGGACCCGCUGACCACCGCCAACGGCACCGUGCCCGCCCGGCCCACCGCCCCAGCGCCCAGCGCCGGCGACCCAGGGGACGAGGCGCCCUAUCUGGUGAAGGUGCACCAGGUGUGGGCGGUGAAAGCCGGGGGCUUGAAGAAGGACUCGCUGCUCACCGUGCGCCUGGGCGCCUGGGGCCACCUCGCUUACCCCUCUUGCGGGAGGCUCAAGGAGGACAGCAGGUACAUCUUCUUCAUGGAGCCCGACGCCAACAGCAGCAGCAGCCGUGCGCCCGCCGCCUUCCGAGCAUCUUUCCCCCCUCUCGAGACGGGCCGGAACCUCAAGAAGGAGGUCAGCAGGGUGCUGUGCAAGCGGUGCGCCUUGCCCCUUCGACUGAAAGAGAUGAAAAGCCAGGAGUCCGCGGCAGGCUCUAAGCUGGUGCUUCGGUGUGAGACUAGUUCUGAAUAUUCCUCUCUCAGAUUCAAAUGGUUCAAGAAUGGGAACGAAUUAAACAGAAAGAACAAACCACAAAACAUCAAGAUACAGAAACGGCCAGGGAAGUCAGAACUUCGCAUUAACAAAGCAUCACUGGCUGAUUCUGGAGAAUAUAUGUGCCAAGUGAUCAGCAAAUUAGGAAAUGACAGUGCCUCUGCCAAUAUCACCAUCGUGGAUUCAAAUGAGAUCACCACUGGCAUGCCAGACUCAACUGAAAGAGCCUAUGUGUCUCCAGAGUCUCCCAUUAGAAUAUCAGUAACAACCGAAGGAGCAAAUACUUCUUCAUCGACUUCCACGUCCACCACCGGGACAAGCCAUCUUGUCAAAUGUGCAGAGAAGGAGAAGACGUUCUGUGUGAAUGGAGGCGAGUGCUUCAUGGUGAAGGACCUUUCAAACCCCUCAAGAUACUUGUGCAAGUGCCCAAAUGAGUUUACUGGUGAUCGCUGCCAAAACUACGUAAUGGCCAGCUUCUACAAGCAUCUUGGGAUUGAAUUUAUGGAAGCGGAGGAGCUCUACCAGAAGAGAGUGCUGACCAUCACCGGCAUCUGCAUCGCCCUGCUAGUGGUCGGCAUCAUGUGUGUGGUGGCCUACUGCAAAACCAAGAAACAGCGGAAAAAGCUUCACGACCGGCUCCGGCAGAGCCUUCGGUCGGAGCGGAACAACAUGGUGAACAUCGCGAACGGGCCGCACCACCCCAACCCGCCCCCCGAGAACGUGCAGCUGGUGAACCAAUACGUAUCUAAAAAUGUCAUCUCUAGUGAGCAUAUUGUUGAGAGAGAAGUGGAGACAUCUUUUUCCACCAGUCACUAUACCUCGACAACUCAUCAUUCCACCACUGUCACCCAGACCCCGAGUCACAGCUGGAGCAAUGGACAUACCGAAAGCAUCAUUUCAGAAAGCCACUCUGUAAUCAUGAUGUCAUCAGUAGAAAACAGUAGGCACAGCAGCCCAGCUGGGGGCCCAAGAGGACGUCUUAAUGGCAUGGGAGGCCCUCGUGAAUGUAACAGCUUCCUCAGGCAUGCCAGAGAAACCCCUGACUCCUACCGAGACUCUCCUCAUAGUGAAAGGUAUGUGUCAGCCAUGACCACCCCGGCUCGUAUGUCACCUGUAGAUUUCCACACGCCAAGCUCCCCCAAAUCGCCCCCUUCGGAAAUGUCUCCACCCGUGUCCAGCACCACGGCGUCCCUGCCCUCCAUGGCAGUCAGCCCCUUCGUGGAAGAGGAGCGACCCCUGCUGCUGGUGACGCCGCCCCGGCUGCGGGAGGAGUACGACCGCCACCCUCAGCAGUUCGACGCCUUCCACCACAACCCCGCGCACGAGAGCCGCAGCCUGCCCCCCAGCCCCUUGAGGAUAGUGGAGGACGAGGAGUAUGAAACCACCCAGGAGUACGAGCCAGCCCAAGAGCCUGUUAAGAAACUCACCAACAGCCGACGGGCCAAAAGAACCAAGCCCAAUGGCCACAUUGCCAGCAGGUUGGAAAUGGACAGCAACACAAGCGCUGAGAGCAGUAACUCAGAGAGCGAAACAGAGGAUGAGCGAGUAGGCGAGGCCACACCUUUCCUGGGCGCACAGAACCCCCUGGCGGCCGGCCUGGAGGCAGCGCCCGCCUUCCGCCUGGCCGAGGCCAGGACUAACCCCGCGGGCCGCUUCUCUGCGCAGGAGGAUUUGCAGGCCAGGCUGUCUAGUGUAAUCGCUAACCAAGACCCUAUCGCUGUAUAAAACCUAAAUAAACACAUAGAUACACCUGUAAAACUUUAUUUUAUAUA